UUUCAGACAAUGUAUUCAGUGCAGGGGCGACAUUCGCAGCAGCAACGAAAGCGACAGCCAUAACAUACAUACACACUUACACACACACACCCACACACACACUCACACACAUACACACACACACGCACACACACACACAGAGCGACACCUGAAGAAAGUGUAGCAAGGCUUCGGCUUCGGCUUGCAGCAAAAAGAAAGAACAUCAACGGCUCCGCCCAAAUCAAAUCAUAUCAAAUUCGCACGUGCCACGCCCCCAAUCGAAAGGGAAAUAUGGGCAAAGUGCUGAGCUAUAUCUUCGUGGUCAGCUCGCUGAUAUUGUGGUACCUGCUGCUCUUUGGCAGCUCUAGCGCGGGCGUCGAGGCAACCAACGGCCAUGGCAUGCAGCUAGAGGGACGCGACUUUCAUCAUCAUGGCGGCAGCCAUCACAUAAGACGCAACAUCAAUCACUGCUGGCGUCGCUACGAUGGCUACAAUCUACAGAACACCAUUGUCAACAAAAAGGAGCAGCUGAAGAAACCAUAUGGCAUUCUAUGCAACUUCAAAUGCACCUGGUUCUUUACAAUCAGCUAUCCCACUUGCGAAUUCAUCUACGACUACAAGUUAUCCUGCGUUUUGUUCACUUCACUGCCCGAUUGCACGAACGUCAAGUGCACACUCUUAAACUAUUUCAGCUAGACAAAAGGGAAAUACCGUGUGCUGCCCGGGUAUAUGCGCACUCACAUUCGGCUAUUUAUAUGCAUAUAUAGAUAAUUAUUGUAUUUCUAGUUCAAAGUGCUCUUUAUC